CUCCUUCGUAUAGGAUUUUUUAUGUGAUUAUAGAAUUCAACCCCUGACCCACCUAGCUCGUCUUCAACCACCAUGUUAUGCCCCCAUCAUCUGAGCCAUGUACACGAGAAGGAUGAUUGAGUGUGGAAGAGUGGCAAUGUGAGGGUCAAAAGCAUGACAGGAGGUGGAAGGAACAUGAUCAUGAGACAAAGGAGUAGGUGACUCUGGAGAAUCAUGAAAAUUCCUAAAAGGCAAAAUAGACUCACAGAAAACAACACUAGAGAUAAAAACUUGCUUUUUUAAACGAUCAAGAAAUUUAUCUCUUAAGGGAUACCAUGUAAUAUGCAUUGUCAUGCUAUGGGAGCAAACUUGACCAUGCCUCGAGCUAGAGUACUAACAUAAACCAAGCUAUCAAAUACCCUGAGGUGACCUAAAAAGGGAGGCUUCUUAUAGAGAACCCCAUAAGGUGAUUUGUUUUGCAUAGUAGUUGUAGGCGACCUAUUGAUUAGGUAAACGACAUGCAGUAUACACGCACUCUAGUAUUGUAAGGGUAUGCAAGGCUGAAAUAUAAGUGAUCUUGCAACAUUAAGUAUGUGUUUAUGCUUUCUUUUAGCCCUUGCAUUUUGUUCAAGAGUGUAAACACAUGGCAUUUGAUGUUCAAUGGCUUCAGAUAAGUUAAACUCACACAUGUUAAACUCCUUACCCUGAUCACUUCAGACUGCUUUGAUAGUAGAGCCAAACUGGUUUUCAAUCAAUUAACAGAAACCUUUAAAUAAUUCUCUAGUUUCACUAUUAUACCUCAUCAAAUAAUCCGAGAAAAGUAUCGAAUAAUCAUCCAUAAUAGUUAAGAAAUACGCAUAUAAUCCAUCAUAAGAGUCAACAAACAAGGGACCUCGUAUAUCAACAUGAAAUAAAUGAAAGGGUUCAUUAGCAUGACUGGUGCUUACAAGAAAAGGUUUUCUUUUGUGUUUGGAUAAGUGACAAACAUUACAAUGUUGUACUUUAUUUAAUAUUACAGUGGAAUCUAGAGAUUGCAACAUGGAAAGUCGAUUAGAACUAGGGUGGCCUAAUCUCCAGUGCUAUAGAUCAACUUGAUGGGGUUGUAAAUUGUACACUUGAUGUUUGAGGUGAGUGAAGAACAUGAUGACUUGGAGGUUGAUGGAAAGUCCCUUAGAUUCUCAUGCUAAACCAAUCGUCGUCUUGUUUAUAAGGUCCUAAAUUUGAAAAAGAUCAGAGUGAAAAUGUUAUGCUAAAGGGAGGUCAUGUGUGAGAUGGCUAACUAAUAUUAUAUUAAAUGAAAAACACGGAAAAAGAACCUUGUAUAGCCAUAAUCUUGUGGGCAACUUGAUAGUCCCUAAUGAAUUUGGAAAAUGUGAGGUAUCAAAAACUUCUUUGUAAUAAAAAUAUAUUGUAAGAGAAGAGGCUAUGUCAUGAUCUGAUGCCCCUGUAUCUUGAAUCCAAAAGUUUAAUAGGUGGUUACUGUCUGAGUUGGAAAGGGAUGAGAGGACAUAUUUACUUGCAAUGUUUGAGAAGGGAGGUAAACAUAGCAAAACAAAAUAUGUUUGAUGACACAUGAAAGGUGAAGUGGGAGGUGAUGUGAGUGGAUUGUUUUCAUAGGUGAGGACAUGUUACCACCAGUCUGCAACAUAUAAUUUAAUUUGUUCAUCUCUUCAUAUGUAAAUCCAAGUGUUGAAUUACUUACAAAGAAAGCGUCAUUGUGGUCAUUUACCUCACUCUGUGUUUCACUCCCACUUGAGCUUCUCUAAGAUACAUAUCCAGUAAACUUUUUGUUACCUCUUUUGUCCACCACUUUCCUACUCAUUCUCCUUUUUCUUCUUCUUUAGUCUCCAGCAUUCUUCUUUUAAGUGAUUUUGCAGAACCUGCAAGAUUUCUUCUCAUGUGUUUAUUCACCAGCAUCAAGUUAGAAACCCAACCCUUGAGGGUUUCUUUUAUUAUUUUUAUGAUCAUUAAUUUUAUUAGGGUUAAUAGUAUUAGGUUAAUCGCUAGAAUUUUUCGGUAUUUUCCUAUAAUUAUGUACGUUGUUAUUCCAUUACGAUUAAGCAAAGAAUAUAUUGAAAUCCCUAAUCUCCCUAUCACUUCUUCCCCUCUCAAUCGGCCUCGAAUUCCUAAUUCUCAAUUAUGUUCUUCUAUCUAAAUCCCUAAUUCUUUCUCUCAAUCGCUAAAUCCCUUUCUAUCUAUCCGGUUACUUCGGUUCUAAGAAUUCCAAAUAAGCGAGUUUCUAACACAUCAUUUCCUCCGGGUACUCCAACCCCUAUUGCCAAAACCAAUUAUUGACCUUUCUUUCUAGUUACAUGAGCUUUGAGCUCUUAGCCAUACUAGAUGAGGUCAUCUAUAUCAGCUAGAACUGUAGGAAGAGGGCUUGAACAUCAGUAUUUUCUUCUUAAUAACUUUAUAUUCUGAUUUUAGACCUCAAAGAAAAUGAAUCAAGAUAGUCAGUUUCCUCCUGUCAUCACCUCCUCGACCAUCUCUUCAUCUUUCCUCCUGUCGUCGCAUACUCAUCGAUCCAAUAGUCACCUCUUCCUUCCGCCAUCAUCAACUUGUCGUCAUCUUUUCAUCUCGAGCCUCUCCUGCUGCUGCCACUGCACGGCUAUCUGAAAGUCGAUGCUACUGCUCACACUUUCAUUUAUAUAUAUCAACAAUAUAACAGUUAAAGCAAACUGGAUUACAGAAUCUUGCGGCCACUUGGCCCUCACUCAUUUGCUACUUUAAACACUAAACAUUGUUCUUAGCGGGUAAUAAAUAAAUAAAAAAGACACAGUAUUACUAACAAUAUGGUUCGAAACAUUUCAAGGAUAAACGCUCUCUAUUGUUGAGCUCUUAAUCCGAAACUUCUUCUUCUUCCAAAUCCUUUUGCGAUUUGGAUUAAUGGAGUUUUCAUACUUUAAUCUAUGUAUUCGUAAAUGGAUCGGACACGAACCGAAAAAAUUAGUGGUUUAAGGUUUAGUGUCGUUAGUUAACACUUGAUUGAACCGUUUAUGCACUAUAAAAUAAGACAUAUAUAAUAUAUUAAUUUAGAAGUGGGUUUGUCACUGACCAUAAAUAAUUUCAAAUUCAUAUCAUCCAUUAUCAAACAUUCUAACAAAUCAUUCAAACUAUCUCACAAUAGAAAUCAUAUAAAAUUUUACUAAAUUUAAACUUAGUAAGUGGGGUGGUAAUCACUAGAGGACCACGAAAAGACGGGAAAAAGGCGGUAGGGAAACUAAGAAUAUGAAUUAGAAAUAAAAUUGUUAAUUAAAGUUUGAUGGUAUUAGUUUACGUUGUAGUUUAUUAUUUUACCUUAAUUUCUUUUUUGUUAAAAUAGCGAACCGGUCAAACUGGGAUUUAUUAGUCUCAUUUCAUGUUCAAACCCUUAAAAUAAGUUCGGCCUAUCCACGCAACCGUCCAAAUAAACGAACCGAACCGCUAUUGUAACUUAUUUACAAAAUUUACCGGUCCAAUCGCUGGUUCGGUUUGAUUCCCAUGACAACGAGUUUAACAACUCAACAAUUGGCAUGCAUCCAAAGAGGGAAGAAAAGGCAGAGAACCCCAUCACAGAACACCAAAGAAAAAAGAACCUUGAACUCGAACAGAACUUAUGAAUGCGAUGGAGAUGGAAUUGUGCAUUUUGCUUGCAUAAUUCUCUCUUUCUUUCAUGGACCUUACACCUAAGUCUCUCUCAUAAUCAAUAGGCUCCUUUAGGAUGGGUCAUCCCUCCAUUUGUCCUCUUCUUUCUCCCUCCCCAAAAAAACAACCAAACUCUCUUCCUUCCCCUUUAUACACCCCACAACUUCAUUCCUCCCAACAACACCUCUUUUCCCACCCAUCAAUCCUUAAAAACUUCCCCAAUUUCCCCAUCUCCUUCAUUCCUAGCUCAUUCCCAUACUACCCAAAAAUUCCUUCUUGGAGAAUUUCAUAUACACAUCUUUGCGGCCGUGUGCGCAGUGUCACAAAUAGUGUUACAUAUAACAACACACCAUAGAAUAGCAACGAAAAAAAAAAUGGGGACAGAAAGGGAGACCCACGAUUUCAUGAACGUCGAGUCCUUCUCCCAACUCCCUUUCAUCCGCCCUUCCCCCAGAUCCGACAAGCCCAUUCGCCUCUUCGGCAUCGAAUUCGGCACCGGCGACGGCGACACGCCAGCCAGCGACGACCUCCUACUAGACAUUAGCAACGGGAACAACAAUCCCGUCGCUAAAGAGAACAGCAACGACAAGAGCAAUAGUAACAACAACAACACCAAUAGCAACGGCAACAGCAACAGCAACAACAGGAGGUUCGAGUGUCACUACUGCUGCCGCAACUUCCCGACCUCCCAGGCGCUGGGCGGCCACCAGAACGCCCACAAGCGGGAGCGCCAGCACGCCAAGCGGGCCCACCUCCACGGCGGCGCCGGGACCAGCUCCUACCUCGCCGACGUCGCCCACCACCCUUUCUACGCGCCGCUCAGCUACCGAACCACCACCGCUCACCACCACGCGCCCUUCUCCUCCUACUCUUCGUGGAGCGGCGGCAACGGGACCACGUCGUCUUCUUCCUCCUCUAGGUUUUACGGCAGCGGCGUGGUAUCUUCUUACUCCUCCUCCUCCUCCUCGUCGCAUCCGCAGCAGCAGCAGCCUAUUACGGGCAGUCCGCUGGGGCUGUGGCGUGUUCCGCCCACGACGUCGUCGACGGUUCACGGCGGCGGCGCUGCUGCUGCUUUUCUUCGGGACAGGUCGGCGGCGGCGGCCACGCAGCACGCGCCGUUGGCGUUACGUGGAGGAGAGGAUCAGGUGGGCGGGUCGGGCGGGCGGGUCGGGUUCGGGCCCGGGUCGAAACCGAAUUUGCAGCAGCAGGAUCUUCACGUGAGUUUAGAUCUCCAUCUGUAACAUUUUUCAUAUAAAUUACAAUAGCUCUAGCUCUAAUAAAAAUAAUUAAUCAAUUAAUUAAUUUAGUUAUCGCAAUUUGCACUGCAAGUUCGAGAUUAGAGAGCUUCACUCUUCUUCCCCAUUUGUCUGUAAUUACGCCUAAUAAUUUUAAUUGAUUGAGCAGCUUUCAGUUGCACUUGCACGCCAUGUUAUUAAUUUCCUUCUUUCUCAGCAAAUUCAUUUUUUUCAAAAGUUGAACAUUUAGAAAAUUAAUGCUGAGUUCGAAGAGACAUAAUUACUCGUAUUAAUAAAUCACGUCAAUUGAAAUUGAACGCUGUCUUUUUUUAGUUUGAAGAAUGUUAAAUGUUUGGUUAUACAAGACCCAUCCAAGGAUUAAUGACCUGAUUGUAUCAGGGAUGAGAUGCUGAAAGCUUAAUUCCCCCAUGAACUUAAUUAGAAUGAAGGAGACGAGAGAUAUUGAGGGAUUCGAUCAAAUGUGACCGCAUUCAUACUUUUAUUUCCAGGAGAGGCAAAGACAGACUGAGUGAAUGGUUUAUCGUAACAAAACUAUGUUUCAUUUUCGGAGGAAUUUUUUAUUUAUUUACACGGAAUGAACAUGACAAUUAUGAUAUCGGUUCGAUAAUGGACUCUAGUUGUAAGUUAUUUUGGUUUUUAACAUUUUACUUUCAAGAUUAGAUAGAACAAGGGUUAGCCCUAAUGGCUGUGAGUGUAAACCUACUGUUCUUCUCGUCGCGAUACAUGGUUCGAAGUUUACCUCUGACGUUCGCCUUACUGGUCAUCGAUAAAUGUGCAUCUUCGUCUCCUCUAGUAGCACCCCCUCCCUCAACUAAAAAAAAACCGACUGUAUCGAAUAAACGGUCCGAAAGUACGGUAGCUUCACUUAAAUGAGAAGUAUAGGUAAGGGAAUUACUCGUCAUAAAAGAAAUUUCAAAAUCAUAAGCUACGUACUUGUAAAUUUGUGUCUCGGAUUGAAACAUAAUCGAGCAUCAAAAAUUUUGUAUAUACACACGUGUGCUGGAAAAAAAAACAUACAGAAAAUAACAAUGUGGUACAGAAACAGAGAUGCUGAAACUGGAGUGUGCAUGAAUCGAACACUGUAGAAGAAAUGAACUCUAACGUUCACAUACACGUAGAAAUGUUUUUAUUAUUAUUAUUAUUUUUUUUUAGACGAAGCACGUACACGAAGAAUUAAUGAAUUAUGUACGUGAAUGUGGAGACAAGACAAACAACGUACAGAUUAAUCUAUUUUAUAUAUAUUGUUGGGGUUAUGGGCAAGAGUCAGAGGGAUAAGGAUUUAAUAGAACAUAUUAUUUUAUUAGUAGUUGCCAGAAGAAAUAAUGACGAGGAUUUGUGAGCCCGACAUUCCUAUUAAUUGUUUAUACCUCUUUCUGUACUGUACUGUACGCAUGCAUGUGUAUAAAAUACAGUACAGAUAUUCGU